AUGAGGGCUAAGGCUUACGAUGAUUUUGAGAAAGAAGAUCUCCACGACCGUACUGCUUCUAUGACUCGGAUGAGGUUUUCUUCAUGCUCAAUGGUCUCAACUUUGACCCUGUCGGAGCCUCCUCUUCCACCGAAACCUCCUGACCCGCCAGAUGCGACAUCGUCUCUCUCUACUCUGAUCAUCGGCGUGGUCCUCUAUGGAUUUGCCGCCGCCUCCAAUCUAAAUCUCCUUCUUCCCUCUGUGGGGGCUGGGAGAUUAUGUACAAUACCGGAGUUUGUCUUCAACGGCUUUUCUUCCCGGCGUUGA